AUGAGCAUGACAGAAGCCAAUCAGGAAAUAAACAGCCCCAAUUUGGCAGCUGCAUCAGCACCCAGUCAAGCCGAACAAGGUCAGAGUGUAGAAGCGAUGGGCGUGGUCAAAUUACCACCUUUCCUUCACUCUGAUCCCGAAUUAUGGUUCACGCAAAUCGAUGGGUUACUGCAUGUCAAUAGAAUAACAUCAGAUGUCUCCAAAUACUACACAGUCAUCACGGCACUUGACGCAAAUACACUUGGCCAGGUAGCAGACAUCGCAAAGAAGCCUCCAGUUUCCGACAAAUACGCAACAUUAAAAGAAGAAUUGAUCCGACGCUUUGGUGAGUCAAAGCAAAAACAACUCAUCAAAUUGCUUACAAACUUAGAGCUAUCAGACAAGCGACCGUCUCAAUUACUGCGUGACAUGCGCAAUUUAGCGGGUACAAACAUUUCUGAAGAUGCCCUUUCAACUCUGUGGGCACAACGCUUGCCCAGCAACGUUAGAUGUAUUUUGUCUGCAUGUAACGCCGGCAGUUUGGAAAGCAUGGCAGAAUUAGCUGACAGGAUAAUGGACAAUUUACCAACACCGCAGUUCGUUAUGGCUGCAACAACUGGUACUCAUUUUAAUCAAUCGUCAUCGCCGUUAGAAGCGCGAGUACUUGCAUUAGAGACAGCAGUACAGCAAAUUAUAAGCAGCUUGGGUGAGUUAACGAUGCAGUUAAAACCGAGCAGUCGUGAUAGAAGUACGGACCGUCGUCACGAAAAAAGAGAUCGCAAGCAGAGCAAUAUGAGAAACAAAGUAUGCAGUUACCAUACACGAUUUGGGUCCAGGGCGUUUAAAUGCACUCCACCAUGUGAAUUCAGCAAGGCAGCUGAAAAUCACAGCUCAACACCAACAGCGGAAAACUAA